AUGGAAGGAAGAGUGGAAGAAAUAUCAAAACUUCUUGAAUCUGCUAUGAGACUUUCUUGCACCGUUAAAAAAGGUAUCUUAUUUAAUAAAACGUCAGCACUAGUUAAGUUCUCCACAGAUGAACCAUAUCAGAGUCAAGGCCGAGAUUUCUUUAAGCUAUACGGCUUCAACUCACUUCUUCCUUUAACCCAAGCUAACUCUGAAUAUUAUUCUCCUUCAAGGCAUCAUAAAAUCUUAAUCAGAGGCGAAAAAGAAGAAGAGCAAUAUAUAGAAGUUUGGGAUCAGCAUAGAUUAAGACUUGUAAAAGAACUUAAAAAAGUUCAUUCAACUAUUAUAGAGAACCCUGUUUUCGGAGAAAUUUCUUGGAGCAGUGAUGAGAGAUAUAUUGUUUACAUCGCCGAAGCUUCAAAGAAAAAAUCUGGGUCAUUUUGGAGUGGUGAAGAAGAUGUCGGCAAUACAAAUCUCUAUAAAGAAAAUUUCGGGGAAUUGCUAUUCAAUGUUACUAAUCCUAAGCUAUAUGUUUUUGACAUAAAAGAAAAUUCAAUUUCAGAAAUUCCUUUGCCUGAAGACAUAUAUCCAGCACAAUCGAUGUUCAGACCUAAUUCGUAUGAUUUAGUUAUUGUUGGAUACAAAAAGACUUCAUACAAAGUAGGCAUGACUGCGAUGCUUAACAGAGAAUCCAAUCUAUAUCAAAUUAAUAUCAAUAAUAAAGAAGUUAUUAAAAUCGAUACCAAAGACACAUUGCAAGGAAUUGCUAUUCCUAGAUUUAAUCCAAGUGGCACUUUACUAGCAUAUUAUGGAGCUCCAAUAUACUUUAAUAUGGCGGAGGUGACACCCGACCUAGUGACGCAAUUUCCUCAACACCUGCAGGGAACGCCUAGGUGGAGGAACCAAGUCGAGAUGCAGGUUCUGCAUCCUUAAUCUAUUCCAGCAGAGGUUUUCUCCGUGCCACAGGGUAUGAUACCUGGUGCUUGGGGUUUUCUUCCUGACAUGGAGUUGGAAAGGGCACAGUCAGUCAUUGUCCCCGAGACUAGGCAUGAUCCCUACUCGAAUUAUGGACUCUGAAGACAGCAGGUGCCUAGCGUGAAAUUGGGAGUUAUGCCCCAGGCUCCAGCCAAUAGCGAACGGACGGCCCGGAGCAAGUCAGGUAGUCGAUGCCUAACUCCCCCUCCGUGAGUGAACAAAAAAUUUUGUUCACUCGGAGAGGGGUGUUAAUUUUUUUUUUUAAAAAAAAAAUUUACACAUAAAUUGUAUAGAAAAUUUUUUUUUCGAAAUUUAAAAAAAACCUAAUUCGCAAAAAUUGGAAAGCAAAUAUUAAUUUAAUUUAUAAAAUUUAUAAUUUAAAAAGCAAUUUUUUUAAAAAUAAACAGAAUUAGCUCUAGAUUUCAUUAUACUAAUUAUCACUUAUUUAUCAAAAUUUUUUUCCAUAAAAAUUUUGUUCACUCACGGAGGGGAGUAAGCGAGGCAGGCGAUGUUAGUAUGGCGCUCUUAACUGAUGCGGAUUAACUUUUAGAGGUGAAAAUCCUUGGCCGUCUUCAAACAAUGCUCUUAAUUUAAUGGAGUUCCAAAAGGAAAAAGAUCUCAUGUGACAUGCUUAUCACUAAACUUGCUUGACUGGGAAAAUAAACUUCACCGUUGUCUUGUGGAUGCUGUUGAAGACUAUAAUGAUCAUUUUAAUGGAAUUUAUGGAUUUUAUGAUUCACUUUCAACACUAAGCUGGCUUAAUGAAGAUAAAUUAAUAUUCGAAACCCAUCAUAAAGGAAGCAACUGCAUAUUUACAGCUGAUUUAAAUGGAAAUGUCAGUGAAUUUACUUAUGAUCUUCUAAAGCCAUAUCAUUUAUCCUUACUCGAUGUGCAGCAAGACACUGCUUUAAUUAGAGCUGCAAAUGGCUUAGAUUUUCAUAGAAUUCUUAUCGCUAAUCACACUAAUGGUAUAUGGUCCAACACUUUGAUUGAUAAUCUAACCCCAACACCUACAACUCCUGAAGAAGAAAAAAUAAUAGACGCUUUAAAUAGCACGACUAUGACUACAAUUAAACAUCAAAAUACAGAAAUGUCAAGCUUUUUAUAUCAUACUUCUCCAGGCAACCCCUUAUUUAUAAUCCCCCAUGGUGGUCCACAUAAUCAAGGAGUUGUAGAUUUUACAUGGCAAUUAGGUGCAAGAUUAGCAUUGGGCUAUAAUGUUUUGAUGACUAAUUUUAGGGGUAGCACUGGAUAUGGCAAUAAAAACUUAGAAGCUUUGCUAGGAAAUGCAGGGGUAGUAGACGUUGAGGACUGCUUGGAGUCUUUAGAGCUUGCAAAGCAACAUGUAGAUACAAACUAUGUGAUAUCAUAUGGUCGAAGUUUUGGAGGAUUUUUAAGUGCGCAUUUAGCAUCAACUGGAGUGCCCAAACUAAGUAUUGUCGUAAAUGGUGUUACUGAUAUUUCUUCAAUGAGUUUAGUGACUGAUAUAACAGAUUGGUGCUUUGCUGAAGUAUUCAACGAAGAUCCAAUUUUCCCUCCAAGUGAGGCUCAAAUCGCAGGGAUGUAUAGAGCUUCACCUGUAGCUAGAGCUGGAAAUAUUAACGUACCAGUUCUAAUAAUUACAGGAGGUUCUGAUAAGCGAGUUCCACCUCAUUCAUCUAUGGAACUAUAUAGGGUCUUGAAAGGCAGAGGAAUUGACGUUAAGUUGCUUUGGUAUGACAAGGAGGGGCAUGGUCUCUUUGGUAAAGCAACAACUUAUGAUUACACUGCUAACCAUUUUAUUUGGGUUGAAGAAAAAAUGAAAGGAUAG